AUGAAGGCUUCACAGACCCUCACAGCGGCGUUGCUAUGCUAUGUGCGCGUCUGUUCGGCAAGCUAUGCAUUUUACGUUGGCAAAUCGCUCACUCACGAUGGCAGCGUCAUGGUCGGGGGAACAGGCGAGGAAGUAUCUUCGCAUUGGCUUGAGAUCUUCCCAGCAAAGGACCAUCCACCAAAUGCCACAAUCACUGUCGGCGUCACAGAGGACGCCGUGAUGCCUGGCAAGCUGAUCAACAUCUCGCAAGCAGCGCAUACCUUCCGCUAUCUGUCCAUGGAAUACUCCGACUUCGAAGGCUUCCCGGCGCCCCUGACCAAUGGUGGUGUCAACGAGAAGGGCGUUGCCGUACGCGAUGUUUGGGCGCAGAACAGAGAUGAUUUGAUCUAUAUGACGCCGAUUCCCCAGACAGGACUGCAGUACUCCGACCUUGCGCGCGUCGUCCUCGAGCGCGCGAGCACUGCCCGUCAAGGCGUCGAAAUCAUUGGCCAGAUGAUCGCUGAACAUGGAUAUGCCGACUACGGUGGAAAUUCGCAUCUCAUCGCAGACGCCAACGAGGGAUGGGUAGUCUGGGAAAUGUCCGGGGGCAAGAAUCUCUGGGCUGCUGAGCGCCUCGGUGACGACGACAUUCGCGUACUGUAUCCAGGCUACAUCGAGGAUUUCCCCGUGGACUUCGCCAACAGCUCGGAUUACAUGGGCUCUCCCAAUAUUGUCUCUUUCGCAAUCGAGCAAGGCUGGUGGAACCCCAACGGCACGCAGCCGUUCAACAUCUUCAAUGCAUACGGCGUCCAAGGCGGAAACUACACCGCGCGAAACGGCGGCUUCAAAUACAUGUCCCAAGCCGCCCUCGAGGACGCUACGCGUGCAAUGGCCCCAGUCACGGAACAAGACCUCAUCGAGCGCGUCCGCGACUUCCGCAUCUCAGACGACGAAGCAGGCUACGGACAAGUCGUCUCCCUCUACCCAGACAUGCACCCCGACCUGAUCCGCAUCUGGGUUGCGCCCACGGGUUCCGUGACCGCGCCAUUCAAUCCGUGGUGGUUGGGCGUCACAUCUGUGCCGCCUGAGUACGGCCAGCAUCGCUACUUGACGAAGGACGCGGCGUCGACGUUUUUGGACACGGAUUUCCAGUUCCAGGAGGCGACGCACUUUGCGGGGAGGAUUUUCAAACAGGUGUUGUACUACACGUGCUCGGAUCCGGAUAAGUAUUUACAUAUCGUGAGGGAUAUGCUGCAUGGAUUUGAGAAUGCGUCCUUCAGCGAUGUGGAGUGGGUGCAGAAGAGUGCGCAGACACUCGUCACGAAUGGGAUGCACGACGAAGCGCUUGAGUUUCUGACAUUCUAUGCGCAUUCGAGGGCGGAGAAGGCGUUGGCUAUGGGCAAGACGAUGGUGGAUGCGUUGGAUGCGUAUGUCAAGUUGACAGGCAAGUUCCGCAUGCCGAGUGGUUCACGCAUCAAUGAUCCGGGAGAGGGCGCGGAGACGAUCAGCAGAAUUUUGCGAGGCUUAGACGGCAGGGUUGAGUUGUACAACAAUGUGGAGCAUCAAGAUAUCGUGUACAUUAUUGAGUGGGCCGUGCCAAAGGUGUAA